GAGGUGCAACAUCUUCUCAUUCGUGCUGUAAAACUCGGCCGAGUGACAGCUGUAGUGUUCGUUGUUAGUUCCGUCGGACAUCGUGUCGGUCGUCGUUUCGAAUAUCGAAUUUCAUUCCCUAAUAUCACAAUUCCUUGGAUUAAACAACGAUAACAGUGCUGUGAGUGAUCGAAAAAGUAAGUUCCCAGUUAAAACAAGUGAUUACAGAGUGGAAAAAGUCCUCUACAAGCAAAUGUGGAAUCAGGGCCCGUCCCGUUAGUGCGAAGAAAAAGAAGUGUGUAUCCAGUGAUGUGUAAAGCAAAGCCAAAGGUUUCUUAGGCGAUCCAGCCAGGAGGGUGGUGUGCGUGCGAUCCGAAACUCACCUGUCAACUUUCUACACACAACAACAACACUUUGCGUUGCCGUGAGAAUAGCCGAGUAGCCAGCCGUUGCUGGCUGGUGUGAAAGCUUUUCGGGGGUUAUUGCUGCUGUUGCUGCUGAUGGUGUGCAAAUGAACGCUUCGAACUGCUGCUGUUGCUGGUGUUAAAAUCUGUCCGAGCACGACGCAGCUCGAUGCCAGUCUACUGGACGCCACGGCUGCUGCACGUUUCGUGGCGUGGCGGGGCACCGUUUGGCACUUCAUUAAUACUAAGUGAGUGCGACGACGCACGCAAUCAGUGAACGAUAUGUCUAGGGAGAAGACAGCCGAGUGCCGAGUUUACUCCGAAGGUCAGUGUGAAAACAGUGAGCCAAAGCAGAAUAGAUGCGGCGAGUGAAGUGGAAAGGUUUUUAUAAACUGCACCCGCGACCGUGUGUGUUGAUAGCUUAAAAAUUUUUGAGUGAAUCCAAAUCAAAACAAAUUUAACACGAUUUGUUGACUGGCGAGCAGUGAAGGAGAGGCUUAGCAAGUAGUGUUUACCCGUAUGCGUGCACGGUUGGACCGAAAAUGCACGAUUUAUUUACAACGGUUUUAUCCAAGCGAGAUCUCUCGCGUGCCGGUGAGCUGUUCUCGGUCGCCGAUUACGAGAUUGUUAAUGAUUUGAGUGAUGUGCUCGAAGAAAUAUCGUCCAUCAUCAGUCACGAAGACUACCUCCAAAAUAGCAACGAUCAGUCGGUGAUCGAAAUCUGCAUCAACCGGGUGACAUCAUGCAUCAAAAAGACAAACACCAUCGAAAAGCACUGCGCCGGUUUGGUCAGCUUGCUAGAAACCUGCCUGAAGUAUAAUCUGAAGCCAUCCAGCAAAGAAUCGGACCCACCGCAUGCGAAAAUUUCGUCCGACAUUAUUUCCAGCAUCUUUCUGAACUACAACAAAAAACACGUUAUGGAAGUGACACUGCCAGUAGCGGUAAAAUUCUUAAACAAAGGCAAUCUGGAGCUGUCUCGGAACUUGGCCAGUUAUCUAUCAUCGGCGGCAAUCGAGUAUUCCUCUCUACUGUCGCCCCACGUUGAGCUAAUACUGGAGUCUCUUCUCAGCGGAAAUUACGGUUUGUGUCACGUUCUCUCACAAAUAUACGAAGCUGCCUCCGAACCGAUUAACGCCAAAGCGGAACGGUUCGUUGAAAUCAUUCCAAGAUGCGAACAUCAAGAGCAAAUAGUGAUCCUCCAACUGCUGGUGGCGAUUGCCAAAAACAAACCGUCCUCGUUGCUCGAUUGCAUUCCCAAACUAUUCGAAUUAGCUCAAAAACCUUCGAUUUCGACUGCGGUAAUGUUAGUCAUCCUUAAGCUGGCAGAAUGCAGACCAAUCAAAAUGAGCGAGUACACAGAAUCAGUGAAAAACACAGCUCAAGUGAUACCGCAAACGGUUGGUUUCGCUGCUCAAAUUCUAUCAGCCAUCGGAAAAUCCAGCAAAGAUCGAGCGCAGGUCGCUCUAGACUUUGUCCUCGAGUAUCUCCCGAAAGCGGAUCGUCCUCUGCAAACGACUCUGCUCAACGAAGCUACGAAGCUCUGUACCAAGUAUCCGGUUCUGUUUACCGAUAAGGUCACGUCCGUGGUCCGCCAGCGGCAACUCAAUAACAACAACCAAGUCAAACAGACUCCCACCGGGGUAACGAUCGUGAAUCUUAACUCAUCUGCCACCCUACCGGUAGUGACAGCCCCAUCGAUGACGAUGACACCGCCCGUGACUCUCGAUACCCGGUCGAUCAUUUCUAAAACACCGAACGUUGCGGUUAUCAGCAAUGGAAAUGCGGGACCGUUAGGCGCCACCGCCAGCAGCAGUCUUGUUUCGACUACCGUUAUUAAUACCUCGAAUGGGACGACCACCUCGACCAUCCAUCCGGCUUUGCUGACCAAUUUUAUGAACUCAGCCAACGGAACGCUCGCCGUGAAUGGAGGCGCACCGGUGGUUCCUCCGACUCCUCCACAUACCGGAUACACCCGGCGAGCCAAAUUGGGUGACUCUCGCAGCACCGGCCGGUUGCACUCCGGCGGGGGUGGAAACAAAAGCAUGACUAGACUGAACAUCGCCGGUGGCUCCGUGGGCGGUUUGCACAAAUCGAUGACAAGAUUGAGUUCGUCGCAGCUGAUUGGCCAAUAUAAUGGUGAUAUGGUCGCACUAGACGAAUCCGGUAAGCCUCUGCAGGGUGCUGUCAGUGGAGUCAGUGGUACAGCCGGUGCCAGCGGAGGCGGAGGUAUCGAUGGAAGCAGUGCCGGCGGUGGGUCGAAUUCGAACAGCAACAUAUUGAAUAGUCAUUCCAGUGGAAACGUAGCGAUAGCAUUUGCCAACAAGAAUAAUAGCGUGCAAAAUUUCUCAUCCCCUAUUCCUCCACCACUGAGUCAACAUGUGACGAUAACGGGUGAAAAUAAAUGGGGUAUCCCGCAGACUGCUCAGAUUUCAUCCGGAGGGGUAACGGUUACAACGUCGCCAACCCGCGGUCAGAGACCGUACUCGCAAGGUCCUAGCACGCUAAUGGGAUCGACCGGAGCACUGGGGAAGAAUUCUCUGGGUGGUCUCAACCAGUCUACCGGCUCGAUCGGCAUGGUUCAGGUGCAUCAUGCGUCUCCAGCGUCCCCAACGCUGUUUAACAACCAUUCCCAACAAACAUCACCUCAGCUUACCACGCUUUCGCUUAAUUCGAAUAACGAUGCCAACAAUCAGGUCAGUGUUUCCGGACCAGCAACUGUGACCACUCGCCGCAACGACAACCGCAGUGUAACUUUGCUGAACGCUAGCAGUGCGGUCAAUCAGCGGAUGAGCGUCUUCGAACCUUAUCCCAUGCGGGAUACUAUUCAGCAUUUUUGUGAGAAGCAUUUAGACAAAAUCAAAGCUUUUACGGAGAGUGUCGCCCAGAGAAUUCCUCCACCAGCCAAGUGCAUCAUCGAAGAGCGUCGUGCUAAGAAAAUGGCUAAACUACACUUCGCCUGUCAGGUACGGGGUACACACUGUCUCUAUUCGCGCACCAUGUUUACGAUGCGAACCCGCAAUCCUCGCACGUGGAUUCACCUGAUGUUUCUGGAUCUGCAGGCGCGAGCUCCACAAAAUGCGCUCAGCAGCUGGGACCCAAGCGUCAGUCGGUUGAAGCAUUGCUGGGAUACGUUGAAAUGUGAGAAUAAGACCUUCAUCACCCUAGUCACCAGCGCCUUCCCGAACGUGAAAGAGCAGGAAACGUUAAUCAGUGAGCUAAGAAACGCCGGAUUUUUCGAUGUGUUCGAACUGGGAGCAACCAGCACACCGGAAGGAGCGAGUACGGAGGAUUUGCAGUUCCAGUGGGGAUGCUUUUUGUGCAAUCACCCGGAGAAGGCGAUGGGAUUUUUGCACGGCAACAAUCAGCCCGUAAUCGAAGGACAACUCAAAGAGAAAAAAGGCAAAUGGCGCCUGUUCCGGCGGUGGAGAACGCGCUACUUCACACUGUCGGGAGCGCAUUUAUCUUGCAAAGGCUCGACCGGAGGUGAGAGUAUCGAUGUCAAUCAAAUUCGCUCCGUCAAGGUGUCUCGCGGAGCGAGAAAUAUUCCAAAAGCAUUCGAAAUUUUCACUGGCGAUCAGACGUUGAUUUUGAAACCGAAGGAUGGUAACAAAGCAGAAGAAUGGGUUCAAUGCUUGAGUAUUGUGCUGGCACAUUCGCAGGCCCGUGAUAGUCCAACAACUCGCACUAACAGCCUUCCUGCGCGCAGCCUUGGAAACAGUCGGACUGUGUUUUAAACAUAUCACAUAGUAUCACACACAUCAGUGCUUAAAUUAAAAAGGCCAACAACUUGAAAGACUUUAAAAGUAAUGAAUGAUCAUGUACUUAACAUACUAUAAGCAAGCAUUUCCUUCCAUUAUAUUCUACUAUAUAUUUAGCAGAGCAAAUUUAACAUAAAUCUAAGCUAAAGAGAUACUUAAUAUAUAUGGACAAUCAUAACAUAGAGUAAGCAAACAAUUUUAACUACAACAAACGAACGAUACCAAUCGAUUUGCCAACUCGUUCAACAUACCAAGCAAAUGAUGUGUCAAUUUUAAAUUGAUUUCAACUAAGGUCAACCACAUAUCAAACGAAACAAGAAAAUCUAAAACUAUUUCAUAUACUUCCUACAUUAUUAGAAACGUAAUAGGACACUGCGGUGAGCUACGAUUUUCGCUAUUUAAUAGGACAUACUCCAUUAACACGUGAGCCAGACUAUUUUGUUGCCUAUUUUUACCAGCUGCUGUGCUUGGAUGCAAAACCCCUGUUCCUCUGCUCCCAUCUUCCAUCUAUUGACUAGUUCUUAAGUACAACAAGUGAACACGAAGAAAAACAUACAGAAAAAAGGUUGUUAAGUUUGUACACUCCUGUCUAUGCGUAGAACAGCAACGUCUUAUAGCAGAUAGAACCGGACGGAAGACGAACGGACUGUUUGUGAUUUAUUUAUUGAGAGAUAAAGUGAGAAUAUAUGUAUGUAUUAAUCCCCUGGUAAA